CACAGUCCGAAUUUAAGUUAUCAGACAGSCAGGCACAGGCCACUCACCUCCCUCCUUUCUCCUCUUCUUCUCCUUCUUACUUAUUUUCUGCAUCUUAUCGCAAUCCCGUCAUCAUUCCUGUAUGGUGGAUAUUAUUUUCAACUCUUCUUUCUUGGGUGAUAUGGGGGAUCAUUCCAAAAAGAAGUCCGGAUUCGCGAUGUGUGUAGGCUGUGGAAGUCAGAUACAUGACCAGUACAUACUGAGAGUUUCCCCGGACCUGGAGUGGCAUGCAGCCUGCCUGAAGUGUGCAGAGUGCAGCCAGUACCUGGAUGAGACAUGCACUUGCUUCGUACGGGACGGAAAAACCUAUUGCAAAAGAGAUUAUGUAAGGUUAUUUGGAAUAAAAUGUGCAAAAUGUAACCUGGGAUUCAGCAGCAGUGAUUUGGUGAUGCGAGCUCGGGACAACGUGUACCACAUCGAGUGUUUCAGAUGUUCCGUGUGUAGCAGGCAGCUCUUACCGGGGGAUGAGUUCUCUCUCCGGGACGAGGAGCUGCUGUGUCGGGCGGACCACAGUUUACUAAUGGAGCGGAGCUCCGCCGGAAGCCCAAUCAGCCCCGGACAUAUCCACUCCAACAGAUCACUACACUUAGCAGCAGAGCCGGUGACAGUACGGGCACCACACCGAAACCACGUCCACAAGCAGUCAGAGAAGACAACACGAGUGCGAACCGUUUUGAACGAGAAGCAGCUCCACACGUUACGGACCUGCUACAACGCCAAUCCGCGGCCAGAUGCGCUAAUGAAGGAACAACUGGUGGAAAUGACCGGCCUCAGCCCAAGGGUUAUUCGAGUUUGGUUCCAGAAUAAAAGAUGCAAAGACAAAAAGAGAUCUAUUCUCAUGAAGCAACUUCAGCAGCAGCAACACAGUGAUAAGACUGUAAGCAUCUUCAGUCUACAGGGGCUCACAGGUACGCCUCUGGUUGCCAGAAGCCCUAUGAGGCACGACAACACGGGGCAGGGUAACUCGGUGGAGGUGCAGACCUACCAGCCGCCCUGGAAGGCCCUCAGCGAGUUCGCCCUGCAGAGUGAUCUGGACCAGCCGGCCUUUCAACAACUGGUGUCUUUCUCGGAAUCGGGUUCAUUGGGAAACUCCUCCGGCAGCGACGUGACUUCUCUGUCAUCGCACUUACCCGACACCCCGAACAGCAUGGUACCCAGUCCCGUGGAGACGUGAGACCGGGCCACCAGCCUCGGUCCCAGGCCUAGCAUGUUCCCGCCCCGGUCCCCGGUCCCCUGCAUGUGARCAGCUCAUCACAGCYUCCUAAAGACAGAGGAGUCGUUUCGGACAUGGAGYYGAAAGUGACAUAUUCUKAAUMUUGAACAAUUACCUAACGGCACUAUAAAGCAASGCGUACGAAAGCCCUUCUUCUUAAGACUCAGUUCAGCAUUUUUGAGGAUAUCAGUGACAAAACAAAAACCGAACUUCGUUGCAUGAACCGAAAGAAGAUAGAAGAUUCUCGUGAUGGAUUUACAAAACAGCCUCCCUCCAUAUUACAUUGGAGCCAUUUGAUGUCGAACCAGAUGGACAUUCUGCAAUUCAUUGUGAACAUAUCGUGUCUUGGUUUCUUUAUGUGAUUUUUGAUACAUUUAUUUCGUUAUCAAGUCCAUAGACUCGUGUGUUUGUCUUAAAAAGGAGCAUGAUUUCCGAAGAUUAUAUAAAACAGAUUAUUGUUGUUAAAUAUUUGAUCUUAAAAGGAAGAGGGAAGGUUGUUUGAGCCUCUCGAACAAAAGUAAGUUAUUGUUAUUUAUUGUCAGGACAACGAUUCAUAAAGGAAGUAAUAACUGAUCAAAAAUAAAACUGUUAAAUCUUUAUAAUGUCUAAGGUACACAGUCUUUGCAUAAACUCUUGUAGAAUUUCCCAAGAUAGGCUUACACCCCCGUUCCCUCACUCAGCCUGUGACAUGCAGUUAAUCAAGUUGACCAGUGGUUAUUUGAGCUCAAAACCUUCAACCAAAGGUAUUCCCAAAACGAGUAUGCUUCACGCAAACCUUAUAGGCCCCCAGUUCCCCGAGUUUCUAAACCACAGAGGUGUAGGCCUAUAUACAACAAAUCAAACACCAAUAUAUUUCUGAAUUUAUCAAAAUAAUAAUUGUGCUAACAAGGUGAAUAAGUUUUAGUUCCCUAUUUAUCUCUGCAUUUGGUUUUAAACCACUGCGAAAAGUAGGCCUAUUUAAUUGCGAUACAAAAUUAUGGAUUAACACGUCAAUGAUCGAAUACUUUUCAUUGAUGAAUGCAUUUACAUAUAAAUGUUGAAUGUUAUGACUAUUAUCAGGCUAAUCUGAUAGGCCUAUUGAUUUGGGGGAAAUCCUUAUUAUCAUGUUAUUAUGUUGGUUUUAUUACGCAGGCUAUUUAAUCAUUUUAACUUUAAAAAACAUUGGAGCUUAAAACUUGCAUGUGGAAUGAACAAUAAUAUAUUUUUUUAAGUAAAUAAGACACCCUCAAUUUGAGGGUUAGCGCAGGCUACAUAAUGCUUAUCAUAACAGUUUUUCUGAGGCUGGGAGAUUGGAAUUAAGGUGGAUUGGCUUCUGGUCAUUUACUUUCUAGGGGCGAAUUUUUGUUCUGAUCAAUCCAGUUUCACUGGUUAAGUCACAAGUCUAGACAGCCAACAAGGAUCGGCGGCUUCUUAUCUGCGCCUGGCAUCACCUGCAAACGAUACAUUGAAUGAAGCCACAACAAACCCACUUCUCUCUUUGGAAAGAGCUAGUUUAAGGGAGAGACCAGCUCGUAAACCCACCCUAAUCUGGCCGCAGUUUAUUUUCAUUCCACUCAGUCAAUUGCGUUAUUACGCACGGGUCAGACGUCUCAGUAAUGACAUCUCAGACCAAGUACCUUUGUGUGUUUUUAACCGGGCUACGUAAAGACUAGGCUACCUGGACACAAUUAGUUAGCACUCAUCAAAUAAUUUGAGAUAAUAGGAACAAUUAACAA